AUCCUAUUGACUUACGGGUCUACCAGUGGGAUCCCUGUCACCUGGAUUCAAUUCUGCCUUUUCAACGAGCAUUGACGAUUGGACCAAAACACAGUGGAAACAAAUAAAUGUAGAGCAAAUGGAUAUGGAACUGCGAAGAUUUGCAAAGGAAAUGAAAACAUUUGAUAAGGAGGUUCGAGUUUGGGAUAUCUAUGCUGGAUUAGCAUCUACGGUUAAAAAUAUGCUGACUUCGCUUCGGGCUGUUACUGAGUUGCAGAACCCUGCAGUCAGAAUGAGGCACUGGCAGGAAUUAAUGAAUGCAACAGGGGUCAGCUUUGUCAUGGAUGCAGACACUACCCUGGGGGACUUGUUAGCUCUGCAGCUGUAUAGGGUAGAAGAGGAAGUGAAAAACAUAGUGGACAAAGCAGUAAAGGAAAUGGCAAUAGAAAAGGUGCUGGCCGAGAUUAGUCAAAUAUGGAAUGUAAUGGAGUUUUCAUAUGAAACACACUACAGUACAGGAACUCCAUUGCUCAAAUCUGAUGAGAACCUUAUUGAAACACUGGAAGAUAAUCAGGUUCAGUUGCAAAACAUUUUGAUGAGCAAAUAUGUGGAAUAUUUCUUGGUGGAUGUCAGUAGUUGGCAAAAAAAACUAAUGAUUAGUGAUUUGGUCAUCUCUAUGUGGAUGGAAGUGCAGCGAACAUGGGCUCACUUACAGAGUAUAUUUACUGGUUCUGAGGACAUUAGAAAUCAACUUUCUGAAGAUGCUAAACAAUUUGAUGAGAUCGAUUUGAACUUCAAGGACCUAAUGGCUCAGACUGUUAAAACUAGGAAAGUAAUUGAGACAACAAACAAUCUGGGAUUAUUGGAAAAAUUAGAAGUGCUUCAACAAAGACUGACUCAGUGUGAGAAAGCAUUAGAUGAAUACCUUGAGACUAAAAGACUCACAUUUCCAAGAUUUUAUUUUGUUUCUGCAAUGGAUCUAUUAGAAAUUAUUUCCAAAGGAGGUCAACCAAAGCAGGUGACAAAGCAUUUGCUUAAGCUAUUUGAUAAUUUAGCUGAUUUAAAAUUUGAAAAUAAUGACAAGGAUGGUGAUACAUGUAAAGCAGUGGGAAUGUACAGCAGAGAAGAAGAAUAUGUACAACUUUCCACACCCUGCCACUGUGAAGGACAGGCUGAGUGUUGGCUGCAUGAUCUGGAGGAGACAAUGCGAACCACAAUGCAGCAAGAAAUCAUGGAAGCAGUAGCAGCAUAUGAAGAGAAACUGAGAGAUCAGUGGUUGUUUGACUACCCGGCACAAGUGGCUUUGACUGGCACUCGCAUUUGGUGGACCACAGAUGUUGGAAUUGCUUUUGAGCGUCUUGAGGAAGGCUUUGAAACUGCUUUAAAAGAUUACAACAAAAAACAAAUUGCUCAGCUAAAUGCUCUUAUAAACAUGCUACUAGGGGAGCUCACCCAUGGUGAUCGUCAGAAGAUUAUGACAAUCUGUACAAUUGAUGUACAUGCCAGAGAUGUUGUAGCAAAGCUCAUAGCACAGAAGGUCACUAAUAGUCAGGCAUUUGCCUGGCUAUCGCAACUGCGACACAGAUGGGAUGAUACUCAACGACAUUGCUUUGUCAAUAUCUGUGAUGCUCAGUUUCAGUAUUCAUAUGAGUACCUUGGUAAUACACCUCGGUUGGUAAUUACUCCUCUGACUGACAGGUGCUACAUUACCUUGACCCAAUCUUUACAUUUGACAAUGAGUGGAGCGCCAUCAGGACCUGCUGGGACGGGUAAAACUGAGACCACCAAAGACUUGGGGCGCUCUUUGGGUGUUAUGGUGUAUGUUUUCAACUGCUCUGAACAGAUGGAUUACAAGUCCAUAGGAAAUAUUUAUAAAGGUCUCGCACAAACAGGAGUAUGGGGCUGCUUUGAUGAAUUCAAUCGUAUUUCAGUGGAAGUUCUUUCAGUCGUAGCUGUACAAGUCAAGACCAUUCAAGAUGCAAUUAGAAACAAGAAAAAACGAUUUUAUUUUCUAGGAGAAGUUAUUGAAUUAAAACCUUCUGUUGGUAUAUUCAUAACCCUAAAUCCUGGAUAUGCAGGGAGAGCAGAGCUUCCUGAAAACCUGAAAGCCCUCUUCAGACCUUGUGCGAUGGUGAUCCCAGACUUUGAGCUGAUCUGUGAAAUAAUGUUGGUGGCAGAGGGAUUUAUAGAUGCUAGGCUGCUUGCCAGAAAGUUUAUAAGUCUCUACACACUUUGCCGUGAGCUGCUGUCAAAGCAGGACCAUUAUGACUGGGGCCUUAGAGCUAUGAAAUCUGUAUUGGUGGUUGCUGGCUCUCUGAAGAGAGUAGAUCGAAACAGGCUAGAGGAACAGGUCCUAAUGCGUGCUCUGAGAGAUUUUAAUUUACCAAAAAUUGUUACCAAUGAUGUGCCCAUUUUCCUGGGUCUGAUUGGUGACCUUUUUCCAUCAUUGGAGGUACCACGCAAGAGAGACAUACAUUUGGAACAGAUGGUGCGCCAGUCCAUUUCAGAACUGCACCUGCAACCAGAGGACAACUUCAUAUUAAAGGCUAUGCAACUAGAGGAGCUGUUGGCAGUGCGACAUUCGGUUUUUGUUGUGGGUGUUGCUGGAACUGGCAAAAGCCAGAUAUUAAGAACUCUUCACAGAACUUAUGCCAACAUGAAGUUAAAGCCAAUGUGGUGUGACAUAAACCCCAAGGCUGUGACAACAGAUGAACUGUUUGGAUUUUUGCAUCCUGGUACACGUGAAUGGAAGGAUGGCUUGUUUUCAACUACUAUGAGGGAACUUUCCAGUAUUGCUCAUGGGGGUCCAAAGUGGAUUGUUUUAGAUGGAGAUAUCGACCCUAUGUGGAUAGAGUCGCUCAACACAGUAAUGGAUGAUAACAAGGUACUGACCUUAGCUAGCAAUGAACGUAUAUCUUUAGCGCCAUCCAUGCGGUUAUUAUUUGAAAUCAGUCAUCUACAUGCAGCAACUCCUGCUACAGUAUCCAGGGCUGGUAUAAUAUAUGUCAACCCACAGGAUUUAGGAUGGAGUCCGUAUGUCACUAGCUGGAUUGACACUCGCAAAGCCCAGUCAGAGCGAGCUAAUCUUACUAUACUAUUUGACAAGUAUGUUCCCUUCUGUCUGGAGCAAGUGCGUUGUAAUCUUAAAACCAUUACUCGAGUUCCUGAAAACAGUAUUGUACAGACUUUAUGUUCUCUACUAGACUGCUUAUUAACCCCAGAAAAUACACCUCCAGACUCUCCUCGUGAUAUCUAUGAGAUGUUCUUUGUAUUUGCUUGUGUCUGGGCUUUUGGUGGAGCAUUAUUCCAAGAUCAACUAAUUGAUUACCGUGGCAAAUUUAGUAGAUGGUGGACCAAAGAAAUGAGAACCAUCAAAUUCCCAUCCCAAGGGACAGUCUUUGAUUAUUAUGUUGACUCUGAUACUAAGAAGUUUACUCCGUGGACAGAGAAAAUCCCAAAUUUUGAAAUGGAACCAGAUGCCCCUUUACAGGAUGUGCUAGUUCAUACUCAAGAAACUGUUGCUCUGAAAUAUUUUAUUGAUUUACUGGUGGAAAAGGGAAUACCAGUGAUGUUAGUUGGAAAUGCAGGGGUAGGAAAGACUGUUCUUGUAUUAGAAGAAAUUUCAAAGUUAACCGAAGAUUAUAUUAUAACUAAAGUUCCUUUCAACUACUAUACAACAUCAGCCAUGCUUCAAGGAGUUCUUGAGAAACCUUUAGAAAAAAAAGCUGGGAGAAAUUAUGCUCCUGCAGGGACAAAAAGGCUGAUAUAUUUUAUUGAUGACCUUAACAUGCCUGAAGUAGAUGCCUAUGGUACUGUCCAACCACAUACUCUAAUCAGACAACAUCUAGAUUACAGCCAUUGGUAUGACAGACAAAAGUUAGCUCUGAAAGAGAUUCAUAAUUGCCAAUACAUCACUUGUAUGAAUCCUGCUGCUGGCAGUUUUUUUAUAAAUAUGCGUCUUCAGAGACAUUUCUCUGUUUUUGCAGUCAAUUUCCCUGGACCGGAUGCAUUGGCCACAAUAUACAGCAACAUUCUUAAUGCUCAUUUUCAAGAAUACAGUUUCAGUUACAGCGUAAUGAAAAUUGUUAAUACUGUCAUUCAGGCGGCUAUCUGUCUUCAUCAGAAAAUGACUCAGAACUUCCUGCCUACAGCAAUAAGGUUCCAUUACAUUUUUAACCUACGAGAUCUGUCCAGUAUUUUCCAGGGUAUACUUUUUGUAACUCCAGAUUGUGUACGGCUGCCUUCAGACUUGAUUCAUUUAUGGCUUCAUGAAUCAUCCAGAGUCUACGCUGACAAACUAAUGGAAGAAAAAGAUAUUGAACACUUUUACAAAAUCCUUAUUGAUACUGCAAAGAGAUACUUUGAGGUUAUUGAUGAACAUAUUUUUACCCAAAAGCCAUUGCUUUACUGCCACUUUGCUCAAGGUGUUGGAGAGCCUCGAUAUUUGCCUGUAACUAAUUGGAAAAAGCUACAUAGAAUUCUUACAGAUGCCCUGGAACAUUACAAUGAACUUCAUGCAGUGAUGAACCUUGUCCUAUUCAAAGAAGCCAUGCAGCAUAUUUGUCGGAUAAGUCGCAUAUUGGAGGCUCCAAGAGGCAAUGCCCUUUUAGUUGGCGUUGGUGGAAGUGGCAAACAAAGCCUGUGUCGUUUGGCUGCAUUUCUCAGCUCACUGGAGGUGUUUCAGAUUACACUACGGAAGAAUUAUGGCAUUCCCGAUCUCAGGAGUGACAUUGCAGCUUUAUACAUUAAAGUUGGAGUGAAGAAUAUUGGCACAGUAUUCCUUCAUACAGAUGCUCAAAUACCAGAUGAACGAUUCCUUGUUCUAAUUAAUGACAUGUUGGCUUCAGGGGAUAUUCCAGAUUUGUUCAAUGAUGAUGAAGUGGACAGUAUUAUAUCUACCAUGAGAAUGGAGUUACGAGGUCUUGGAUUAUUGGACACCAGAGAGAACUGCUGGCAUUUCUUUAUUGACCGGAUUCGGCAACAGUUAAAGGUUGUUCUGUGCUUCUCUCCAGUGGGUUUUGUUCUUCGGAUGAGGGCGAGGAAAUUCCCAGCUGUGGUGAAUUGUACAGUCAUUGACUGGUUUCACCCAUGGCCCCAGUCAGCACUGGAAUCUGUAAGCCAUAGUUCUAUUGAAAAAAUUGAUGGGCUGGAGCCUGAAGUGAAUUCUUCUAUCAGUCAAUUUAUUGCUCAUGCACACAUCUGUGUGAAUGAAGUUAGUGUGAAAUAUCAGCAGAACGAGAAACAUUAUAACUAUACCACUCCAAAAAGCUUCUUAGAACAAAUUAAAUUGUACCAAAACCUGCUGAGUAAAAAAAGAAAAGAACUAGUGCAGAAGAAGGAACGACUGGAGAAUGGCCUUCAAAAAUUACAAACCACAGCUUCACAAGUAGAAGUUCUGAAGGCAAAACUAGCUGUUCAAGAGAUGGAACUUCACCAAAGGAACAAAGACGCUGAGGCACUGAUCACCAAAGUAGGGCAGCAAACUAAGAAGCUGAAUCAAGAGAAAGCUAUUGCAGAUGCUGAAGAGCAAAGGGUGACUGCUAUCCGAGCAGAAGUGUCAAAGCAACAGCAACAAUCUGAAGAAGACCUUGCUAAAGCUGAGCCUGCACUUCGUGCUGCAAAUACUGCCUUGAACACAUUAAACAGGUCAAACUUGACAGAAUUAAGAACUUUUCCAAAUCCACCUGCAAUCGUUACCAAUGUUACUGCUGCAAUUCAGGUGCUUCUAGCUCCUAAUGGGAAAAUUCCGAAAGAUCGAAGUUGGAAAACAGCUAAAAUAUUGUUGAGCAAGGUGGAUGAUUUCCUACAGGCAAUUGUUAACUUUGAUAAAGAGAAUAUUCCUGAAGCUAUUAUCAAAACUGUAAAGGAAGAAUAUCUCAGAGACCCUGAUUUCAAUCCAGAGUUUGUGCGAACAAAGUCAUCAGUUGCUGCUGGACUCUGUGCUUGGGUUAUAAACAUUAUUAAAUUCCAUGAGGUUUACUGUGAAGUGGAACUCAAACGUAAAGCACUUGUGCAAGCCAAUUCUGACUUAGCUGCUGCUGCAGAGAAACUUGAGGUCAUUAGGAAAAAGCUUGCAGAAUUAGACAUGAGCUUGACUGGAUUAACAGCAGCCUUUGAAAGAGCCACGUCUGAAAAAGUCCGUUGUCAGGAUGAAGUGAACAGAACCAAUAAGACAAUUGAACUGGCUAACAGAUUAGUGAAAGGUCUAGAGUCAGAGAAUGUACGCUGGGCUCAGUCUGUCACACAGUAUCAUGAACAGGAGGAAACUCUCUGUGGAGAUGUUCUGUUGAUGACAGCUUUCAUUUCUUACGCUGGUUCUUUCUCAAAGAGGUAUCGAUAUGAGCUUGUUCAAAACAUGUGGAUGCCUUACCUGAGAAGCCAAAAGGUUCCAAUUCCAAUGACUGGAGGUUUGGAUGCUGUUGCCUUGCUCACUGAUGAUGCAACAAUUGCAGCUUGGAACAAUGAAGGCUUGCCCAGUGAUAAAACAUCCAUGGAAAAUGCCACUAUUUUUUCCAACUGUGAACGAUGGCCACUCUUGAUUGAUCCUCAACUUCAGGGAAUCAAGUGGAUCAAAAGCAAAUAUGGCACAGAUUUGAAAGUCAUUAAUUUGGGUCAAAAGGGGUAUGCAGAUAUUAUAGAACAAGCACUUAUUGUGGGAGACCCUGUUUUAAUAGAAAACAUAGAAGAAACCAUUGAUCCCGUGCUAGAUCCAUUACUUGGCAGACACACGAUUAAGAAAGGAAGGUACAUUAGAAUUGGAGAUAAAGAAUGUAUGUUCCAUCCCAACUUCCAUCUAAUUCUACACACCAAAUUGGCUAAUCCUCAUUACAAACCUGAAAUACAGGCACAGACUACUCUGAUUAACUUUACAGUUACCCGUGAUGGCUUAGAAGACCAGCUACUUGCAGAAGUGGUAAGCCUUGAAAGACCUGAUCUGGAACAGCUGAAGUCUGAACUCACCAAGCAACAAAAUGAUUUCAAAAUUGAGCUAAAGCUGCUUGAGGAUGAGCUUUUAACACGACUUUCAGCUGCAGACUGGAAUUUCUUGGGAGAUACAGUACUGGUGGAAAAACUUGAAACCACAAAGCACACAGCAGCUGAAAUAGAAAUGAAGGUGCUCGAAGCUAAAGUUAAUGAAGUAAAGAUCAAUGAAGCUCGUGAACACUAUCGUCCAGCGGCUGUCAGAGCUUCUCUGCUCUACUUUAUCAUGAGUGACCUUAAUAUGAUCAAUCCUAUGUAUCGGUUCUCGCUCAAGGCAUUUGCUGCUGUGUUUCACAAAGCUGUACAACAGGCUGAAAUGUCUGAUGAUGUGAAAGUGAGGGUAACUAAUCUAAUUGAUGAGAUCACAUAUUCAACAUUCAUCUACAUUAACCGUGGGCUGUUUGAAAGGGAUAAACUUACCUUUACGGCUCAAAUGACUUUUCAGAUUUUACUUCUGAAAAAGGAAAUAGAUGGUCGUGAACUUGACUUCUUACUCAGAUUUAAUAUUGACCAUAAUUACAACAGUCCUGUGGAUUUCCUGUCAAACACAGCAUGGAGCGCAAUAAAGGCAAUGAGCUUCAUGGAUGAGUUCCGUGGGUUGGACAGAGAUAUUGAAGGUUCAGCCAAACGUUGGAAAAAAGUUGUUGAAUCUGAAUGCCCAGAAAAAGAGAUGUUUCCUCAAGAAUGGAAAAACAAAAGUUCCCUACAGAAGCUUAUUAUGAUGCGUGCUUUACGUCCAGAUCGCAUGACUAAUGCAAUCAGAAAAUUUGUUGAAGAGAAGCUUGGAACAAAGUACGUUGAGGGACGUCAAAUAGAAUUUGCUAAAUCAUUUAGGGAAAGUGGUCCAACAUCUCCAAUCUUCUUCAUUCUCUCCUCUGGGGUUGAUCCACUGAAAGAUGUAGAAGCUUUAGGAAAAAAACUUGGCUUCACCAUAGAUUCUGGAAAAUUCCACAAUGUAUCCCUUGGCCAAGGACAAGAGGCAGUAGCUGAACAAGCUGUGACAAAAGCAUCUAAAGAAGGACACUGGGUUAUCCUGCAGAAUAUUCACUUAGUAGCUAAAUGGCUCAGCAAUUUUGAACAGCUUCUUGAGAAGUACAGUGAAGGAUCCCAUCCAGACUACCGUGUGUUCAUGAGUGCAGAAUCUGCUCCAACUCCUGAAGAGCACAUCAUUCCACAAGGAAUCCUUGAGAACUCAGUUAAAAUUACCAAUGAACCACCAACUGGUAUGCUAGCUAAUCUCCAUGCAGCUCUGGAUAAUUUUGAUCAGGAUAUUCUAGAUCAAUGCUCUCGUGAAUAUGAAUUUAAGACAAUACUGUUUUCACUCUGCUACUUCCAUGCCUGUGUUGCUGAACGGCGUAAAUUUGGACCUCAGGGCUGGAAUCGAAAGUACCCUUUUAAUACCGGAGACCUAACUAUCUCAGUCCAUGUUUUAUUUAGCUAUUUGGAAGCUAACGCUCAGGUACCAUGGGAAGAUCUGCGUUACCUGUUUGGCGAAAUUAUGUAUGGUGGCCAUAUUACUGAUGACUGGGACAGACGACUGUGUCAUACUUAUCUAGAAGAAUACAUGCAACCUAACCAGUUUGAAAGAAAAAUGGCUUUAGCUCCUGGUUUUGUGGCUCCAUCAAACCUUGAUUACAAUGGUUACCACAGGUACAUUGAUGAAAUGUUACCACCUGAAAGUCCUGUACAUUAUGGUCUCCACUCAAAUGCAGAGAUUGAGUUCCUGACUGUAACUUCAGACAGCCUUCUCCAUACUUUAUUAGAAAUGCAGCCCAGAGAUUCAAUAACUGGUGAAGGCGCAACACAGACCGUUGAAGAAAAGGUAAAGGCUAUCUUGGAUGAUAUAUUGGAAAAACUGCCAGAGGAAUACAAUAUGGUUGAUAUAACCUCUAAAUCAGCUGAGUGUUCCCCUUACAUUCUGGUUUGCUUCCAAGAAUGUGAAAGAAUGAAUAUCCUAAUUCAAGAAGUGAGACAUUCAUUAAAAGAACUUGAUCUGGGGCUAAAGGGUGAGUUGGCAAUUUCCUCUGAGAUGGAGCUACUACAGACAGCACUUUUCUUUGAUAAUGUUCCUGACAUCUGGACCAAGCUGGCAUAUCCAUCAAUGUACAGUCUAGCACAGUGGUACAGUGAUCUUCUUUUUCGUUGCCAUGAGCUUGACACUUGGACACAAGAUCUGUCACUUCCUAGUGUAAUCUGGAUAUCAGGUUUUUUCAACCCACAAUCCUUUCUUACAGCUGUAAUGCAAAGUUUGGCAAGGAAAAAUGAAUGGCCCCUGGAUAAGAUGCAACUGAUAGUAGAUGUCACUAAAAAACUGAAGGAAGACUUUACACAACCUGCAAGAGAAGGAGCUUACAUUUAUGGACUCUAUAUGGAAGGAGCACGAUGGGACAUCCAGAAUGGCCAUAUAGCAGAAGCCCGGUUGAAAGAAUUGACACCCCUAAUGCCAGUUAUAUUUGUUAAAGCAAUCCCCAAUGACAAACAGGAAAUGAGAAAUAUUUAUGAAUGUCCUGUUUAUAAAACUAAACUUAGAGGACCGACUUAUGUUUGCACUUUCAAUUUGAAAACAAAAGAGAGAACUGCAAAAUGGAUUCUUGCUGGUGUUGCUUUGCUGUUGUGCGUGUAA